UGAUGGCAAUACAAUAGUUUAACUGAUACUGGGAAGGGAAAUGCUAAUGUUUUGGUGACAAUGAUCUGUCCCUUUUGGAAAACAUAGGGUCAGCUUUAAAUGCCAAUCUAGUCAGAGUCAUCGGGUAAAAAGUUCAGCUGUCCAAAAAAUCUUGAAUUAUGGAUUGAAUUGAGGGAUGUAACAGUGACACUUCAACAAUUAGGGGUGGGGAAAGUAUUGAAUCAAAUGGAAGAAGAGCCCUAAGGGUGGAAAGAAAGCUCUGUGCCAGCUGAGGAAGUCAGUCACAGGUGAAAUGCUCUCAGUAUGCCAACACAGCUAGUAGUUGCUUCACCUCCUGCCUCUGUACCCCUACCCUACCUCAGCUUGCGGUUACCUUUCUUCCCUGCAUCUCUACCAAACACAAUGGACUUCUUCAAAAAACAAAACAAUUUUAAGUAAUAUCUAAAACUAGUCCUGGAAACAGGCUGGGGAUCUUAAAAGCCUUUGUAAACGUGCCAUGUGUAUCCUUUUCAGACAGUUCACUGUUUUUCUCCCAUCCACUUUCCCCCAACCUAGUACUAUCUAUAUAUUCUCUUUAUGUGCUGGCAGAAAUGAGAACAAAUACAUGAAGCUUGUAGUAUGGGGUAUGCAUUAGGGAGGGGGAACCUCUGUGCAGGCAGUGGAGUCAGAACUUGUUUAUGUUUUGCACCAGUGCUCCCAGAUAAUCAUAGCCCAGAGAGUAAAUCCAGCUCAGUUUUACAUGGAUACUUGUAUCAAUUUAUAAAAUAUAUUUUCUCCUUUUAUAUGCAGUCAGCCAAGAAAAAAAAGCCUGAAUGUUCAGGCAUUUCUUAGUUGGAGAGUUACUGCACUUAACAUCCAGAUACUUGGAGUGUUUUCUCAUUCCUUGGGACAUAGUUAUAAGUUAGGCUAGUGUACCUCACGGUGAGGUUAUUUAGCCAGUUUUUAAAAAUUAGUUUUCUGAAGCUCUGCUUUAGCCUUUGGGCAGUUUAUACUGCCCCCAGGAACAAAAAUACCUCUAGCUGGGGAUGGAUGAACAGAAAAUUGUGUGAGUGUAACAUUAGCCCAUUCUUUCCAAGUACCAGUAGCUCUAAUGCAAGCAGGGAAUAGUAACAUUUCAGUUAUCCAAAGGGAGAGAAUGUGGGUUGCAAAUUUUUUUUUCUUUAAGAUAAAGAAUUCUCAAUUAUUUUACAAUCAGUAGUUAACUUUUCCACAUUAAAAACUUGAGAAGCCACUACAGAAUGCAGAAAUAGAGAUGCUACUUCAUAAUAUGCUUCAAUAAUUUAUCAUUUUCUGACAAGGGUUGAAAAGGGUCCAGGGUAUAAGUACAAAUCCCCAACUUGCUCUUCUGUAAGAGACUUCUUUUAGAAAACAGGAAGAUGUAUCUUGAAGGGGAUUAUGCAGUUUCUCAUUUGUUUUGUCAUCUGUAUACAGCUGGCAGGUUACUGUGUGCUUUCAUGUCUGGAGACUGUCUGGGGUUUGUUUUUAUUUUUUUAAAUUUAAAUUUAGUAUAGGGUUAGGUUUUCCCUGCCUUUCACCUUUCCCCCCCUCUUCCAUGUACCCACCUGUAGCAACAGAUUUUGCACAGACUUUGAUUUACUCUCAAGAGUUUGCAUUGCUAAAUUUUUAACUGCAGUUCUAUUUCUACAAGUCUAGUUAUAGCACAUUUUUAGUUGCAAUCUGCUACUUCAGAUGGUCUAAUCUGAUACUAAAUGCUGAACUUAGAAAAUACUAUGGAGUUUCACAUGCUGAGGGUAUUCUAGAUCACGAAGUUGCUGUUUGCUGUGUGAGGUAGAUAGGAAAAUUUGCAUUAAAGAUGAGCUGUUGUAAUUCAUAUUCAAAUUUCAAAAGUAGCUAAAGAAAUUAAACAUUUAAUUCCCACAAUUACUGACUUUCAUGUACAUUUGACAAGAUUUUUCCCCCCUUAAUUCAAUUUUCAGCCCCUAUGUUUAAAUCAAGUGAAUGUUUAAGCUUGACUUCAAUUAGGCAGUCCAGUGUUUGGAUAUAGUCUAUUCUGAGUUGGAUAAAACAUUGAUCUAUUUUACUUAUCUUUUAGAUUUUGUUUUGACUUACUGUAUUCCGUAGGACAACAUACCAGUUGCAAGUAAAUCAGACACCGGCUGGACAGCUUUCAGCACAGCACAUGGAACGCUAUGCAAAGUUUAAGUUUUGAGUAGCAAAGCAUUUCUCAACCUGUCAAUGAAGCAACCAGCUUUCUCUUGAGUGUCAGCUCUGCGUUGCUUACAUCCAUGUCCCUGUUGUGCCCUGACGAUGUGGACAUGUAGAAGCAAUCUGCAAGGAGGAGAAAGUUUCUGCAUCAAAGAUCCUGGGAUGUUACUGGGUUUAUAAUGCUUCUGUGCACUUUGUCGAUUAAAUUUCAAGUUAUAUGGUAUAUAGUCUAUCUUAAUUGUCACGCUAUUACAGAGCUUGCACAGAUUUCCCUAGUGCUAUUUCAAAAUCCCAACUGUGGUUUUUUUUCUAUUUCUAGAAAUCCACUACACAAAAGCUGCUGAGAAAACAAUAGGCAGGGUGUACAUUGUCUUAUGUCCCCUUCUCCUUGCCAGCUUCCUAGAAACAAAGAAAUUUAUGACAGGAAAAAGGCAAACCUCUCUCUAGUGACAGCAGUGCCACGUGGUAAUCUCGUGUAUGUCUGGGCCCCUUCGUCAAAGUGAUACGCAGAGCCUGGCUGAGCUCAAGAGACUCUAGCAGGUCAAAGCUCUGGCCAGAGAAGGCUGAGGCAAUGCUGUCCUGGUGGGUGAUGCAACCAGAGGCUAUGGAGAAGGCUGUAUUUCUUACUGGAAACAUCUGCCUGUCACUUGGCAUUCAAGGCUGCUGGUAGGUGCUUGUGUCACAGUAAUGACUGUGACAGGCUUUUUGCAUCUGUAAGGAGGAGAUGGCUGUGACAUUUGGUUUGAGUGUGGCUUUGAAACCACUGAGUUCCUCUACUUGAGAGCAGGCAGCAAGGAUGGACUCUGCAUAAGGCUGUAUUUCAGAUCAGCUCACCAGUAAACGCUGUGUCCAGGCAUACAGAAACCCCCUGGCAGCGCGUCCUGCCCCGCUCGGAGACUGCUGCCUGCUUCAGGAGUGAGCAGAGCCAGUUCAGUGCUGUUACAGAUGGGUUGGGUCUGGGUCUCAUUUGUCUGAAGCUCCUCUGCCUUCUCCCCAUAGCUUUGCACAGGACUCCAGGGAGCACCCGACACUGCUGUUUCAGGGUCUGCACUCUGCUGCUUUUCCCCCUUUUUCAGGCGGAAGCCAGUGGAGAAGCGGUCCUCACUGGAGGACUGUUCACAUAAUGCAAAUGUGUGCCAAAUGUGCGGCAGCAGCUGAAGAAGACCACGCAAUGCUGUAACACCAUGCUGUGAUGCAAAGACCUACGCUUACCUGGAAUACUGCUUUCAGACCUGGCCACUGUGCCAGCAUGGCUGCAACACGUUUGGCAUUUGCCCUGUAGAUUGUCAGAGGUCUGGAGCUGCUGCUUUAUUAGUCUGGAAUUAUAAGCAAGGGAUAGUUUAGCUUAGGAAAAUAAGUUGGUAAGGAAAAGUGAUGAGAGAGCAGCUGGUUUCGGGAAAGGAUUAGUCAUUAACUUCCCUCUGCUUCCACUGACAAAAGGAAAAAAACCUAUAAGAUUUCUAUUAUAUCUUGAAAUUCAGUGACUAUAAGGCCUCUUUCAAAUGCAGAGGAGAGCAGGCUGCUGAAAGCCCAGUAUCACCAGUUCCCAUCUUUUCAAACUGGUUAAACAGAUGAGAGCUGUCGGCAGCAGUAUGUCAGCGCCACUUCAGCAUCUUGUUUCACUUCUGAAGGACAGGCUGUAGAGCAGAGCAGGCUGAUGGGAACAGCGCUAAUAAGCAGGGUGUCUGCAAGCCUGUCUCCAGUUUUUGGGGGGCACCUCAGGCAGAGGUCACCAUGGUGCCUGCUCUGGACAGACUCCCACACUGGUCAGACCCCAGGCAAGAUUAAAUAUAGGCACUGCUGGAGCUGCAGGAACAAAACGUGGUGUCACCUAUGUGUUGGUGUAUGUCCUUUAGUCAUGGGACAGGACAGAGCUUUGUGGUGCCCUGCAUGGACAGGGGUCUAAGCACCAGCAUGAACUCAUUCAGCCAUCAGACACAUAUUUAUCUGAGUAGGAGGAGGCCUAAAGGACGUGGAGCACUCUUUUGCCCUUCUAUCUUUAAUAGGUUUCCUGCGUCACAGAGCCAGGCCCCCCUCCCAGUGGCCCCUUAAGGGUCUGCUGGCUGAAGAAAAGCCAGCCAGCUGAUGGGGUUGUUGCUCUGUUCCUCUAGCCCUACUCGGGGCUGCAAGCUGCCAGCAGUUUGUUCAUCAUCUCCUGAUGGCAGCUCUAAUCAUGAUGAGAAAUUGGACCCUAAUUUCCAUCCGUCGCAAGCAAGGAGCUGCUGGCAGGGAGCGGGGCAAGCCUGGUGACAGCAGCUGGGGUCAGCCAAGAGACCCCAUCACCAGAGCAGUCUGCAAAGAAGAGGUGGAUCCAAGGAAGAGCUGGGAAGCCCAGGGACAGGACAGGCACCAGUACAGCUGCAGCAUAGCUCGGGCAAGGAGCAGGGGUGACAGCCCGGACUUAAGUGCAGCUUGUGUGCUGGGGGACAGUCAUACAUAUCAGAUGCUUGGUCCCCUGUGCUGGCUCUGGAUGGAGGACGGCAGGAGAGCCCACAUUGCCAUUGUUGGCUGGGCAUGCACAACCCUGUGCUUGGUCUCCUACGCAGCUGCCUUCUCUCAUGGUGCGAGCCUUUCUGCCUGCACCGACAUGAUGCCCAGGCACCUGAGAGUGCAGCUGCACAGCCCCAGCAACAACUACAUUACUGUCCACACCAACGUGUCCUUCUACUUCCCAGGUGACAAGGUUCCAGUGACAGUGAGGAGCACCCAGGAUUUUAUGGGCUUUUUGCUUCAAGCUCGCAAAGUAUCUAAUGACGAAAUUGCUGGCACGUUCAUCUUCAUCCCUCCUGGUUCCAAACUGCUGACUUGUUUUGAAGAUGGUGACACCGUCACCCACUCAGACAAGUCACUGAAAAGAAACCUGUCCUUUGUAUGGAAAGCGCCAGACCAGCCCAUUGGAGACAUCAAGUUUUUCAUCUCCAUAGUGCAGUCAUACUUUGUUUACUGGGCAAAGAUUGAAUCUGCUAUCGUGGCUCAGCGAGGGCAAAACAAAACUCUUGCUGGCAGCGGCAAGAAGCCUAAUCCUGUAACCCCCGCACCCUCGCAGGGACCAGCUGACCCACACCCCGCAGGUCCCACCUCUCCCACGGCCACCACCAGCUCCUCCCCGCGCACCCCUUCACUGUCUGCCAGCCCCACCAGCAUCGUGGCAACGCUGGCAGCGGAGCCAGGUUUCGGUGUCGGCUCAGAGACCCGUUCCGUCGCUGAGCCGAAGCAGCCAGCGCAGCCUUCACAGGCUGCACCCGGCAGGAGUGACGGGUCCAGCAGCCAGGGGCUGGAGCCAUCCCUCCCCACCCGAGACCCUUGGGACGCCUUGCGAGGUUUCCUCUCCCAGGACGAUACCUCCAGCUACAGCACCUCCAAUGGAGCAGGAAGCGUUGCCAGUGCUGCCACCCCACCCCUGUGUUUGCUGUGUAAAGAAGACGGGCAGGCCAGUACUGAGAGCGGGGCUGUCUUGAAAGCCUCCCUGCAUGUGACAGUGUCUCCUUCUGCCCCGCACAUACACACUCACAUGGGUGACGCCGCUGCGACAACAGCCUGGUUUGGUGGCGCCAACGCUGCUGGCAAUUUGUCAUCGGCUUCAAGGCAAAUGGCAGAAAGAAAGCCCGCACUGCAGCCAGAGGAGGCAGGCGCCAGGGGCGAGGAGGAGGAGGAGGAGGCGGGUGGGAAUACCCUGCCAUGGGUGACCAGACCAGCUCCCAAAUCUGCUGUUCCCGGGAAGGGGGAAGACCCUGGCAGAGGGACCCGACUCCUAGCAGCCCAACUGGGCAUCCUCUUGGUCUGCACUGCCGCCCUGGGCCUGGCGCUGGCAGCUGCCAUGCGCUGCGUCUGUGCCCAGCAUUGCCACAAGCGGACGGAGGUCUCCUUCAGCGAGCCAGACCCUGACGUUAUCGCCGUCAGAGAAAACGGGGAGGUGAUGCACUUCCGAAAGAUCCGGGAGAACAGCUUUGUGCUGGUGCAAGCCGAGUACAACUGGGUCAGCCCCUCAAGCAGCGGGAAGAAGACAAUAAUCUGAAUACGUGCAAUGCUGAAAGCAGCGCUACUGUGGCUGGUACAGGUGAAAAUAGCCCCGACUGCUCAGCACAGGUUAUAGGAAGUGCUGGGGUAGCUCCUCUAUGUGCCGCCACAGAGGUGAACAAUCUCGAAGCUGCCAGUUCAGGCAGACGUGUUAGUCAAAAGUACCUAAGCUACAGCUGCUAAGAAAAUAGAAGUUGAUAGAUUGUUCAGUGUGUUACACUUACCGCAAUUAAUAUUGUAUAUCUGCUCAUUAGCUGUCACUGCAGCCAUGACAUACACUUCCUCUGUUGCCUUAAGGGUGUAGCCAAAAAUAGAAAUUCUUCCUCCGCACUGUAGUAUUGUCUCCUGUUUAAUCUCAGCAAAAGUUUCUAGUGUUAUAUUUCUUUCAAGGAACUAGAAACCCCUGAUAUAAACCCAACCAUUCUCAUUUAGGAGCUUACAGGUUUAACUCUGUGCACUUGGUAUCUCUCAGAUGACAAAAUAUCUGCUGGUAGAUUUUAUGUUUCAACUUGAAACUAAAAAGGAAGAACUCCUUAGCGGAGAACAUUGAUUCGAAUAACACUGAAUUGAUCUACGGGAACGAAACACAGGGUGGCGGACACCAGCUUUUGGGGGAGAAACAUGCCUCCUCAUCAGGUGCAAAUGGAAGAAAACCUUUCCUGUCCAUUUGCACCUGAUGAGGAAGCUUGUUGAAGCCUGACAGCCAGCAUUUACUUAGUCUUUUACUUCAAGUCAGCUCAGUAACACUCUGUGCAGAAACACGCACUCAGAAGUACCCUUCCCAGGUCACCUUGGAGAUUCCCAGCAAAGGCUGCAUGGAAAGUUAAUACCAUCCUUGUGCUCUGAGUUUGUGCAAACUUCUC